AUGCCAUCCUGGCAGACACAAACCGAAGCACUUCCCACCCAACAUGCUGGUACUGAAAUAUUUGACAUGUCCUGGAAUUUCAAGGAUGAUCCAAUGCCAACGGUGGAAAGACCGAAUAAAACUCCAUCGGCUGAACCGCACAUGCGAAGCCAAGCGUUUGACAUGUGUUGGGACACUGAGGUAACUCCGGCGCUGACUGAUCCGGCGGAAGCGGCCGUACCACUGAAAGCAGGUCUACCGACGAUCGAUUUGGCGCCGAUCCUCCAGCCGGACACCGAAGAAAAUGAGACCAUCGAUGUUACGGACACCAGAAAGAAUAAGACCAUGGAUAUCACAAUACCCGGCGGAGCCGGUCAAUACGAUAUGUGUUGGAAUGACUGUGCAUCUGCAGAAGCAGUGGGAUAUAUAGGCGAUUUUGACAUGUGCUGGGGCGUUUCACCAAUGGCAGGAGAUGAUCACGUUGAAAGUGGUUUGAUUGCUGCACCGGUGAUUGACUUGGUCAACGCAGCGGACACUCAGGCAUCAUAUGACAUGUGUUUUGAAAAUAUAUUGCCGACCACAUCUCCAGCACCGAGUGAUGGCUCGCCGAGUCAGACAGUCGAGGCAGGCGAAGAAUUGCUGCGCCGAGCCAAUUUGAGGCUGGAAAAUAUUGAUGCUGCGAUGAGUAGGUCUAUGUGUCUUCUCAUCAUCGAACUCAUGUCAAGGAUCGCCGUGUUACAGGAGAUGACCGAGGGCAACGUUGCAGAGAUCUCUUGGACUGCCAACCAGGGUUUGAUUUCUGAUUACCAGGAUGCCCGUAACCAAUUUGUGACAGCCAGCGCUGAUGUCGCGAAAAUUGAACAUCUGAUGAACAUGCACCUGCGAGAUCGAUGA